CCCUCUACCACUCUCUCAAAUUAUUUUGAGUCUCGUUGGAUCAAUGACAAGUUCUAAGAAGCUCCAAGUUGGAACAGAUGAUCAAACUCCACAUCAAUGGUGUGUUCCACUUGGAGAAGAUGUUUUCAGAAGAUUGUUGAGCCAGGCCAAUCCAGCACAGCUCAAGAUUUUUGGUGAUGGCUCACUUUUCAGUCCAAUGUUGUUUGGAAAGUUCUUUGAUCCUUCUGAUGCCUUCCCUCUAUGGGAGUUUGAGUCAGACAUCUUGCUGUCUCAUCUCUCCAACCACAACACUGUAGAUUGGUAUCAAACAGAUGAAGGUUACAUGUUAACUGCAGAAAUACCAGGAACUGAGAUAAGUAACAUUCAAAUCCAUGUUGAUAACGGGAAGGUUGUGGAAAUUAGUGGACAGUGGAAGCCACAAAAAGUUUCAAAGGCAAGUGAUUGGAGGUGUGGCCAUUGGUGGGAACAUGGAUAUUUUCGAAGGUUAGAGAUGCCAGAGAAUGCAGAUUUGAAGAUUAUUGAAGCUCACAUUCGUAAUGGAAGAAUUUUGGAAGUAAGAAUACCAAAGUGUUCUUGAUGUGGUUUCAUGCAGAUCAAGUCAUAGUAGAGGUUGUAACAGUAUCUAUUAUAUAUAUUUCACAAACA